AUGGGCCUGCGCGUGACCAAGUACAAGGACCGCUUCGGCUUCGGGUUCCUGGGCGACGAGGCCAACGCGGCGCAGCUCGCGGCGGCGGUGGAGGCCAACAACGGCGAGGUCAUCCCGCGCCACCUGGCGACGCUCGCGAAGCACGUCGAGGCGGGCGGCACGGGGUGGCUCGCGGGCACGGCGGGGCCGACGAUCGCGGACUUCGCCUGGGUCCCCGUGCUCGCCGCCAUCGCCGACGGCUGGACGGGCGACGCCGCGGCCCUCGACGCGACGCCCGCGCUCGUCGCGCUCAAGGACAAGUUCUACGCGCUCCCGGAGAUCAAGGCCUACUACGACGCCAAGGCCGCGGCCCAGGUCGGCGAGACGAAGGCCGACGCGAACUUGAACCUGCCGCCGCGCGGCGGCAGCGGGACGAGGUUCGAGAUGCGGACCAACCGCGUCCACUUGUUCUCCUCGGCCGUGGUGAGGGAGCCCGGCGUCCACUGCUCGUCGGCCAUGCUCCACCGCGGCGCCCGCGCUCCACUGUGUACCACGGCGAUUCCCAGAGAAUGCAGCCAAGGCGCCGGCGACCCCGAGAGAAGGGACAAGCUCAAGCGGAAGCUGGAGGCCAUGUCGGGCACGUUCACGGUGAGCGACGCGGCCAAGCUCGACAAAUACCCGUGGCCAUCAUAG